AAGAAAUUUUUUUCGUUUUCAUAGUUAUGUGAAACGAGCACUCGCAAGCUUGUUCAGUUGUGAUCGGAGCGUUGUGUUGUUAACAAGUAAAAAUUGAUAGUGCAGAACAAUUAUUGGACUUUUUGUGCUCAAUAUUCUUAACUGGAUUAUUUUGUAUUGAGUGAAACUGAGAAUCAAUGCUUUAAUAAGUAUUAAUAAAUAAUUACAAUUCGUUACGUGUCAGAUUCUGAAGUGUUUCGUAUUUCAGUUGCUGCAUGCAAAUUUAGAUAUUACCAUUCUAAGCAGAAAAAUCUUAAAUUGGAUGUUUUGAAGAUGAUUUAUGACUAAAAUGCUAAUCUAGUGUCAGUUGAAUAAUACACAGUCAACAAAGGCUGAUUUCGUAGAAAUUCCAAUUCAUGGAUGUUAAGUUCAAAAUAAGUGAACAUAAAAUAAAUCUAAUAAAAACUGUUUAAAUAGAAAUUGACAACUGACGUCCAAAGAGAUCACUUAACAGCUUACAAAAAAAAAUUGUCAAUAUAGUGACUGCUGACUGUUUUCAAGUUCUAAUAAAACAAUAAAAAGACAAGUAUCAACACAACUUAAUAUCUUUACAAGUGUUUGUUUAAUCAUAUUACUUAAACUAAGAAUCUGAUCAGCUUAAAUUGCAUAACAUGACAAGACGUGAUAUUCCAUAAUUAAAUUAACAUUCAGUAAAGUGCUCCAGAAAAACUAAAAGUGCUAUUUAAGGAUUGAUAACUUAAUUGUGAUUUUCUUGUGAAUAGAUGAUGGGCUAAAAGGAAAUAAAUUAAUUAACAACCCACAAUUUAAAAAUCAAAUAAAGAAGUAACAUAGAAAAGUCAAAAUGACUAUGACAACAGGUCAAUCAGCAGCUCCUUCAGUUGGAAAUGUUCAGCCACAACAACAAAAAAAGGAAAAACAUUUAGUGCAUUGGUUUCGCAAAGGGCUUCGACUUCACGAUAAUCCUGCAUUUAAAGAAGGCCUUAAAAAUGCAACAACAUUUCGGUGUAUAUUCCUCGUCGAUCCUUGGUUUGCCGGAAGCUCAAAUGUAGGCAUCAAUAAGUGGAGGUUUCUCCUUCAAUGCUUGGAAGACCUCGAUCAGAAUCUUCGACAUUUGAACUCACGACUCUUUGUGAUAAGAGGUCAACCAGCUGAAAAACUUCCAAUGCUAUUCAAAAAGUGGAACACAACAUGCUUAACAUUUGAAGAAGAUCCUGAACCCUUUUCACGUGUACGAGAUCACAAUAUUACAGAAAUGUGUAAAGAACUUAAAAUUGAAGUCAUAACUGCCGUGUCGCACACAUUGUACAAUUUAGAGAAAAUCAUUGAGAAGAAUAAUGGCAAACCUCCAUUGACUUAUCAUCAAUUUCAAGCAAUCAUUGCCUCAAUAGAUCCACCACCACAUCCUGAGCCAACGAUAACCGAAGAACUAAUUGGAAACGCUCGUACGCCUGUAAAUGAAGAUCACGAUGAUAAAUAUGGAGUUCCAACUUUAGAGGAACUUGGAUUUGACACGGAUGGACUCAAACCUCCAGUAUGGUUUGGUGGAGAGACAGAAGCUCUAGUUCGUCUCGAACGACAUCUUGAGAGAAAAGCUUGGGUUGCAAGUUUCGGAAGACCAAAAAUGAGUCCACAAUCAUUGCUUGCUAGUCAGACAGGACUCUCACCUUGCCUCAGAUUUGGAUGUCUAUCGACACGAUUAUUUUAUUAUCAGUUAACAGACUUAUAUAAAAAGAUUAAAAAGGCUAAUCCGCCAUUAAGUCUUCAUGGACAACUUUUAUGGCGUGAAUUUUUCUAUUGCUGUGCAACUAAGAAUCCAAAUUUUGACAAAAUGGCUGGAAAUCCAAUUUGUGUACAAAUUCCAUGGGAUAAAAAUGCUGAAGCUCUUGCAAAAUGGGCUAAUGGUCAGACUGGAUAUCCAUGGAUUGAUGCAAUUAUGCAGCAACUAAGAGAGGAAGGAUGGAUUCAUUAUUUAGCUAGACAUGCUGUUGCAUGCUUUUUAACAAGAGGAAAUCUUUGGAUUAGCUGGGAGGAGGGAAUGAAAGUUUUUGAAGAAUUACUACUGGAUGCUGAUUGGUCCGUGAAUGCUGGCAUGUGGCUCUGGCUAAGCUGCUCAUCAUUCUUUCAACAAUUUUUCCAUUGUUAUUGUCCAGUCAAGUUUGGGAGGAAGGCUGAUCCAAAUGGAGAUUACAUUCGUCGCUAUGUUCCUGCAUUGAAAAAUUUCCCCACAAAGUACAUCCACGAGCCUUGGGUUGCGUCUGAAGCUAUUCAAAAAGCUGCAAAAUGCAUAAUUGGAAAAGAUUAUCCAUUAGCGAUGAUAAAUCAUGUAACUGCCAGUAAAACAAAUAUGGAACGAAUGAAGCAAGUAUAUCAACAGCUUGCUAAAUAUCGAAAUCUAUGCAACCCUGAUGGUGGUGGAUCAGCAAUAUCAUGUAUGCUCGCCAAAGCACAAGCAUCAGCACUUGCAAAUGCUGAACAAAUAAACAGUAGCCCAUCACCAACGACAAUAUUAAAGUCAGUAAACAGCUCUGGAAGCUAUAUGUGCUCAACAACACGCUCAAAUAUGGAAAUGCAAUCACCAUCACCUGUUGUUCAUUAUCAUGAACCGAAUAUGAUCAAUCCAUCGCAGUUGACACAAGAUCAAAAUAAUAUGAUGCAACAUCGUAAUAGCAGUUUGACAUGCUUAAAGGAUCGACAUCACAAAAAUCAAUUUGACUUUGAUGAAAAUGACGAGAACUCAAAUAAACGGAAUCAAUAUCAAUAUCAUAAUUCCUACAAUAAUUAUACACAAAAUCAACAUCAGGUUAUAUCAGAGACACAGCAGCAAGCGGAUCAACAUACAAUUGAAUUACGAAUGAAUAACUUGGGUAAUGAGAGACAGGAUGCAGAAUGAAUGUAGCUUCUUCUAUGUUUCGUACUUAAUGUAUAGUUUUUAAGGGGAUGCGAUUUUAGAUGAGGAAUAUUUAUUAAGGAUUAAAAGAUUAUAAAGCCGGAAGUCGAACCAACAUCUUCAAAAAAGAAAUGGCUGCAUAUAAAACUUUAAAAAUGUGUUAAAAACGAAUUCGAAUUCUGUGAUUAUUGAUAAAAUGUUACUAAUAUUUUUAAUGUCAUCCUGUCUUCUGGACUUCUUAUCGAAUUGAAUCCUUUAAAUGAUGUUAAUCAACAUGUAAAUUUGAU